AUGGAGGACAUGUAUCAACCUGAAGUCGACCAAAUCGUGGAGCUGCUCAAACCUAAGAUCAUCACAGCUGAAGUAGAACAUCUUCGACCUGGACAUAAAGUCAAGCAAGUACAUGUACCUGAUAGAUGGCUUCAAUUCGCUAUUGGAUUCUAUGGCUCGUUCAAUUUCCACGUCAAGAUUGAAUUUGAAAAUGGUGAUUUCUGGAUGAUGAGAAUUAGAAGAAGGAAGGGUCGAGAUUAUCCUGAUGGACCACUGAUAUUCAAUCUCGAGAGUGAAGUGGCUACCAAUCGAAUCUUAUACCAAGCUGGAUUGAAGGUUCCUAAUGUACACCUGAGACCGGUAGAUAGUAAAUUUCAUCUAAAAUUGAUCUAUUGCUAUCAAGAAUUCCUGGCCGGUGCUUUGUGGCGACCUUGGUAUUAUCCUGACACUUGUGAUUUACCAUUGGAAGAACCCUCCAUUCGUCUUCUUAACGGUAUAGUAGAUUGGUUCUUGAAUAUGGAAAAGCUCAAAUUCGAACAAGUUGGUUCACCCUGCUUUGGUGAAAAUGAAAAUGAUAUUAUCAUCGGACCGCUCAUUUCACGACAUCCCGUCUAUUCCACUCCGCCAUACUAUCAAGGUCCAUUCAAGACAGCCAAAGAUAAAUGGUUAGCGAUGAUCGAUAACAAGAUAUCACUUAUUCUCUCUCGAAACUACUGUACAGCUAAUCGAGAAUUGCAAGAAUACUUCAUGCUGAAGCAAGCUAGGGGAUUCGUCAAGGAUUGUGAGGAGAUGGAGAAUCCUGGACCAUUCUACAUGAAGCAUGAUGAUGACAGAUUCGAUCAUAUCAGGGCUGAAGAAGAAAGUGGGGAAUUUACGGGUAUUCUGGACUGGGAAUGGGCAUACACUACAAACAAAGAAGAGGCAUUUGCCGCUCCCAACGGAUUCGUACCAGCAGAAUAUAAAAAGGGCAAGAAUGAUAUCCUCUCAACUCGUGAAGAAGCUUUAAUCGAUGCCUACACCUCUCACGGUCGUCCCGAUCUUGCAGAGUGUAUUAUCAAUGCACUCGAAAGAGCAUUCCUUGGACUUCCUGAUGAUCAUACCGGUCAGCCUGCAUCUAUAGAAGGUUGGUUGGAAGUCACGAAAGAAAAGUAUAAAGAUGAUGAGGGCUCGUGGAAGAUUUUGAACGUUCCUGUGGUCAGCCGCAAGCUCCUUGAAGAGCCGAAGAAUCCAUGA